AUGUUUCAACAUAUCGCAAUCUUCUUAAGCGCUCUCUUAAUUGUUAUCACUACACAAACAUGCUGUCCGCCACCGUCAGCCACAUCAUCUGAUAAGAGAUCGAUCAAUAUUUUAAUCCCAGUAUCGUAUCCAUCCACGAUUUCUGAAUUGGGUGGUUUAAGAGAUAGAUUGGGUGGUUUGGGAGGUGGAUUGGGUGGUUUGGAAGGUGGAUUGAAUGGUCUUCCGAGUCGUACGUACUUCGGAUACUUUACUCGAUAUCUUGGACCAGCAAAUGCAAAUGGAAUGUGUCCAGCUGGAGUAAAUAUUAAUGGCCAAUGUUGGUCAAUUGAUGAAGUGACAAAUUGUCAAAUUUGUUGCUUUGCUUGCUACUGUCCAAGCCCAGCAGAAGUUUAUGUUAUAUUACCAAACUAUGGACCUGCUGGAGGUCAUACAGGAUUGAGAGCGAGUUAUGGACCAGCGGUUAAUGGUUUAUGUCCAGUUGGCGUCAAUAUUGGUGGUCAGUGUUAUGCAUAA